UACCUAUUCUCGAAAAACAAACGUUUUAAGACGAGUUUGAAAAUCUGUUCAUUUUUGAAGUCCUCUUUCCCUAUUGUUGUUAUCUGUAUAAAUAGCUCGAACUUGACACUGUAAACAUCAGUUCAACCUGAACUUCCAACCAAGCAUCUCCUACCAAUCCUUCUUCGGUAAAAAUCUAUGCGAUAUUACUGUUUGAGGUGGAACUGAAACCAUGCCAGCUCUACAUCUACUCAUUCUACUUGGAGUUCUAGUUCCCGCAAUUCUAAGUGACGGAUAUGGUGGACAUGGGGGAGGUGGUGGUGGCGGAGGAUAUGGCGGACACGGCGGAAGCGUUGGCUCUGGUACUGCCUGCAUUGUGAAAGGAUCUUACUGCCAGUGCCACUACUGUAAGUGCGACGAAGGAAAGAUCCAUUGUUCCGGAUAUGGGCAUGGAGGGGGAGGAAAAGGAGGAUAUGGAAAGAACUACUGUUAUGGAAGUAUGGAGGGAGAAUACUGCCAUUGUGAUUAUUGUAAAUGUAAGAAUGGGUUUGGACAGGACAGCUAUGGAAAGCAAUGUGGAGGAGGUGGAGGUGGGGGUGGAUACCAUAAGUAAACAUUUAUGUACACUGCAACUCACCUGAAAGAAUAAUGCACAAUUUUGUUAUUUGUUAUAUUAGCUUUAUUAUUAAAUGCCGGAUUAUCUU